AUGGGGCGUAGCAAUGACACAGCAGUAACUGCGUUCAUUUUGCUGGGGUUCUCAGGGUUUCCUUCCCUUCAGGGCCCUCUGUUUUGGGGGGUGCUCUGCAUCUACUUGGUCACCUUGCUGGGCAGCUCCGUCAUCAUCCUCCUCACGCUGGCCGACCCUGUCCUGCGCUCACCCAUGUAUUUUUUCCUUUGCCACUUCUCCGUGGUGGAGAUCUUCUACACCACAACCGUCGUGCCCAGGAUGCUGGCCGAUCUCCUCUCCUCCUGCCCCACCAUCCCCCUUGCCAGCUGCUUCACCCAGAUGUACUUCUUUGCCCUCUUUGGCAUCACCGAAUGCUGCCUGCUCACCACCAUGGCCUACGACCGCUUUGCUGCCAUCUGCCGGCCGCUGCAUUAUACCACCCUGAUGAACCGGGGCGCGUGUGCCAGCAUGGUGGGGGCCUCCUACCUCAUGGGCAUCAUCGCCGGCACCACGCACUCCAUCUUCAUCUUCACGCUGCCCUUCCACGGUGCCAACACAGUCCAUCACUUCCUGUGUGACAUCCUGCCUGUGCUGAGACUGGCUAGCGCAGGCACCUUCUGGGCUGGAGUGGGCAACCUUGCCGUCACAGUAGCCUUUAUCCUGACCCCCUUCUUACUGAUCACAGCCUCCUGUGCCUGUAUCCUUGCCACCAUCCUCGGGAUAGCGACAACCCAGGGGCGUCGGAAAGUCUUCUCUACCUGUUCCUCCCACCUGUUUGUGGUCACGCUCUUUUUUGGGACUGGGACUGUUGCCUAUAUGAGGCCUUCGGCAGGCUCCUCUCAGGAUGCAGACCUGGUCCUUGCCCUCUUCUACACAGUUGUCACUCCCAUGUUCAACCCUUUUGUCUAUACACUGAGGAACAAGGAGGUCACGGGGGCAAUGAGGAGGCUCCUGAAGAAAUACCGUUGGAGCCCUUGA